AUGGCGCCAGAUAUCCCCAAGACCGUCACGCAGUGGAACGUCACGAGCCACGAUGGCACCGCCGGCUUCGACGCAUUAGCCUUUUCGGAGCAGCAAGUCCCCCGCCUGGGCGACAGCGAGGUUCUGGUCAAGAUGCACGCCGCCUCCCUCAACUACCGCGACCUCAUCAUCCCCCAGGGCUCGUACCCCUUCCCCGUCGCCGACAACGUGGUCCCCGGCUCCGACGGCGCGGGCACGGUGCUCGCCGUGGGACGCCAAGUGACGCGCUUCCAGCCGGGCGACAAGGUCGUAACCCUCUUCAACCAGGAGCACAUCGGCGGCCCCAUCACCCAGGACAACGCCGAGACCGGGCUCGGCGGCACGCGGCACGGCGUGCUGCGCUCCGUCGCCGCCUUCAACGAGCAGGGGCUCGUCCGGCAGCCCGCGGGCCUGAGCGCCGUCGAGGCCGCCACGCUCCCCUGCGCCGGGGUCACGGCCUGGAACGCGCUCUACGGCGUCGCCGACAACCAGGUCGCCCCGGGCCAGUGGGUGCUCACCCAGGGCACCGGCGGCGUGAGCAUCUUUGCCCUGCAGUUCGCCAAGGCCGCCGGCGCGCGCGUCAUUGCCACCACGGGGUCCAACGACAAGGCCCGGGUGCUCAAAGACCUCGGCGCCGACCACGUCCUGAACUACCGCGAGAACGAGGACUGGGGGGCCGAGGCGAAGAGGAUCACGGGCGGCAGGGGCGUCGACCACGUCAUCGAGGUGGCCGGGCCCAAGUCGAUGGCGCAGAGCUUAAAGGCCGUCAAGGUGUCGGGCCUGAUUUCCAUUGUCGGCUUCGUCGGCGGCCACACCAAGGACCAGCCGGGCUUCCUCGAGUGCCUGACCAACUUGUGCACCACGAGGGGGAUCCUGGUGGGGAGCCGCAAGCAGAUGGAGGACAUGUGCCUCGCCAUUGAGGGAAACCCGGAGCGGCUGAGGCCCGUGGUGGACAAGAAGUCCUUUGCGCUGGAGCAGUUGAAGGAGGCGUACGAGUACCAGUGGUCCGGGCAGCAUUUCGGCAAGGUGUGCGUGACGAUUGCCUAA